AUGUUAACCGAAAGAAAGGAACAAAAGGAUCAGAUUAUAUCACCAACUACGAGUACAGCUGAAGAGUAUGAUGAAAAAUUAUCAUCGUCAAAAAAACACCUUGAAAUCGAUAUCGAUGAUAUUGAUCAUCUUCGACAGCUUCGUAAUGCAGGUGUACACGGUAAUCCAAUGAAAAUCUUAGCAUUAUUUCAUGAAUGCAAUCAAUCUAUUGAGAGAACUGUAGUUCGUUAUAAACAAGUUAAAGAACAGCGUGAAAAAGAAUCUGAAAAACGAACACAACAACGUAUUUCACUAGCUGAAAUUCAUAAUGCUUAUUUAACAUUAGAUAAUCAAAAUGAUUGGCCGAAUAAUAUUCAAAAAGUUUAUCUAGAUGGAAACAAUAUGAUGUUUGUUAUUGAUUCGCUUCGUCGACUGUGUUUAAAUCAAUCUAGUAAAGAAGCUGAGCGAGCUAUUGCAGAAAUAGCUGCUGCAUGGAAUAAACAAAUGCUCAUACCGCAUGUGGAACUUAUUUUUGAUUUCACCCAACAAUUAGAACCGAUCGAUAGUAUUAAAGUUAGCAGCGCACGUCCGACUUAUAAAACAACCGAUGAAAUGCUUAUUGAUAUUGCUCAACGAUCACAAAACUAUCAUACUAUUGUUGUUACAUCCGAUCGAAAUGUAUCUAUUCAUUUAAAACGUCAAGGAUGUCAACUCGUAAAACCAUAUCAAUGGUUUGCUCAUUGCGCAAUGUUAUUAACGUCUGACUUAAUUAUGCAUGAAGAUAAAGUAGAUAUGACUUCAACAACAACAAUAACAAAAAAUAAAAUUCGAUAUGAUCUCAAUGGACUCGCUCGUCGUAUUGCAAAGAUAGAUUUGUAA